AUGUUUCGCAACCGAAACAAUACUCAGAAGCCUGAUGAUGACUUCAUCAGUCGCUUCCAACAGACAUUCUCCGAUGUGGUACCUCGUCGAGACAGCGAGGACGACGAAAAUGGCCAUUUCGCGGGAUCAAUAGAUCCCAUGAUGGCGGGAAGGUCAGGCAUGCAAGGCCACGACAUCAAAAUGGAGGAUCAUAAUAUGAAAUUUAUGCCUGAGCGUACGCCCCGGAACCUGCAAGACCUCAAUUUUUCGCCGUCAUGGUUGGAUCCAAAUUCAAUGAACAUGGUCCCCAUGGCCAACCAACAUCCCGGUUUCUACACCCCCAACUCUGGUGGCAUGGGUGCCAUCUUCCAUAGCCAGGCGGGCGACCUACACACCCCAACCGCCGGCUUGCACACUAUGACCCCGCUCUCUCUCACGAAUCCCAUUGGCGCCCACCAGCAACAUCAACAUCAUCCUGCAAUGAGUCAUUUUAGUCCACAGUUUCUCGGACACCAGAUGCCUGAAAUGAAUCCCUACUUGCAAGCCUCUUACGCGCCGAGUGCUUUUAUGCAGCGUGACGCGGGCUACGACGUUAUGGAUGAGACGGUGGAUGAUUCGUCUGUCAGUGGAAUUCCGCUUGAUCAAGCAUCAAAUAUUUCCACUAUGACAACUUCGACAGACUUUUCAUCCGCCCCCGCCGGCCACCCGAUUGGGUUGUCAUAUGCAGGUGAACAAUUCCGUUAUAAUGUUUCCCUGCGUGCCCCGACUGCAAUGGUCAAGCAUGUCAGAGAAAUUCCCGUGUCCUACCUCAACAAGGGCCAAACCUAUAAUUUACAAGUGGUGGAUUCAAACCCGCCAAUGCCGAGCUCCGGACCACUCCGCUACCGAACUUUUGUCCGCGUUUCAUUCGAGGAAGAAGAGCAGCGAUUGAAGCCGUCCGCCUGCUGGCAAUUAUGGAAGGAAGGCCGGGGUACCAGCGAAGCACACCAACGCGGGGGGAAACUUUUGGCCGUGGAAUACGUCGACCCGCUCCAAGGUGGUGAUGAUAAUAAGCACCGCCAGUUGCAAAUCGAGCAGAUGUCUUUCGAUGGGUUCUGCGUGACCUGGACUUCCAACCCGGCUACCGGCACUUCCGACUGCAGUAUCCCCGUACGUUUUAACUUUUUAUCUACUGAUUUCAGCCAUUCGAAGGGUGUCAAGGGUAUCCCAGUUCGACUCUGUGCGAAGACCGAGCUUCUCUCGCCAGGGGAAGAAGCAGGUGGAUCGCGCGAGCCCGAGGUGUGCUACUGCAAGGUCAAGCUGUUCCGAGACCAUGGUGCUGAGCGAAAACUGUCCAACGAUAUCGCCCACGUCAAAAAGACUAUCGAGAAAUUGAAGCAGCAGAUUGCUCAGGCUGAGAUGGGUGGAGGAUUUGGGAAGCGCAAGCGUGGCACUAAUGCUGCUGCGAAUGUGAAAUCAAUCGACCGGUCUAGGCCUCCCCUGAAGCACAAGCGCACUUGGUCAUCAGGCUCACAGGAUGGCUCUGAGAAGCUAUCAUUGGAGGACGAUUUACAAUCCAAGCUGGCUAUGAUGCAGGACAUGUUCUCGUCAACUCGGACCACGAGUAUUCUCGCGCUUCGCGGCGACGAGGGUGAUGAUCCUGACAAAUAUCCAGUCCGAUUACCAGCGGAGGGCGAGUUUAUUAAAACAGAGGGCUUGAACUUCCAGAACCACAGUGCCUCGCAGUCUAUGGAGUCUUUGAUUCUAUCACCCACCAGCAGCCAUGCUUCGUUGAACUCACCGCGCUUGGGCUCUACGCAGUUUAUGAAGGACAGGGCCAAGAAACCAAUUGCUGUCCCACAAGUGGUAUCCAAGGACAGGGUUUCACAAGGUUAUAUCGAGGCUGUGGAUAUCGACCCUACUUACCGACCUCCUGCCGAGCGGCCGCCCAAGCCAAUCGCCUGCUUCUACGUCCGAUUUUCCGGCAACGAUCAACACCCCGCAGAUUACUACCGUGCAAUCUACCUAACCGAGCGCACGGUUCGGGACUUGAUGAAGAAAAUAUCUGAGAAGCACCACAUCGAUCCAUCACGGAUAGUCCGCAUUCUUCAUGUCAACGAAGCCGGCUUACGGAUCAUGGUCGAUGACGAUGUGGUACGCGAGCUACCGGAAGGUCAAGACAUGGUUGUUGAUAUUUACGAAACGCCGGAUGCCGAAGUCAACAACCCUAACUCGCCCGUCUCGCCUGGCUCCCCGGUGGAGAUCAAAUUAACAUAUUAA